GAAGCCACUGCACCAUGAGUGUCUCUGUGCUGAGUCCCAUGAGAGCCCUAGGCGGGGUCUCUGGGAUCCUGCAGGUGGUCUCCCUGCUCGGCCUGGUUCUGCUUCUGCUCAAGGUGGCACAGCUCUACCUGCGCAGACAGUGGCUGCUCAAAGCCCUUCAUCAGUUCCCGUGUCCUCCUUCCCACUGGUUCUAUGGACACAAGAAAGAGUACCAAGAGGAGAGUGAGCUGCCACUCCUACUGAAGAGGGUGGAGAAAUACCCGAGUGCCUGUGUUCGCUGGCUGUGGGGCACCAGGGCCUUUGUGUUGGUCUACGACCCUGACUACAUGAAGAUGGUCCUGGGGAGAUCAGACCCAAAGCCUUAUAGAACCUACAAAUACUUGACUCCCUGGAUUGGGAAAGGUUUGCUGCUUUUGGAGGGGCAGACAUGGUUCCAGCACCGGCGGAUGCUGACCCCAGCCUUCCACUAUGACAUCCUGAAGCCCUACGUGGGACUCAUGGCUGACUCUGUCCAAGUGAUGCUGGACAAUUGGGAGGAGCUUGUCAGCCAGGACUCACAUCUGGAGAUCUUUGAACAUGUCUCCUUGAUGACCCUGGACACCAUCAUGAAGUGCGCCUUCAGCCACCAAGGCAGCAUCAGGAACGACAGGAACUCCCAGUCCUACAUCCAGGCCAUCAGGGACCUCAGCUAUAUGAGCUUUUCCCGAGUGAGGAAUGCUUUCUACCAGAAUGACUUCAUCUACAGGCUGACCCGUGAAGGCCGCAGGAACCACCGGGCCUGCCAGCUCACGCAUCAACACACAGAUGCAGUGAUCAAGGAGAGGAAGGCUCGCCUGCAGAAGGAAGGAGAGCUGGAGAAGGUGAGGAGCAGGAGGCAUUUGGACUUCCUGGACAUCCUCCUCUUUGCCAGAAUGGAGAAUGGGAGCAGCUUGUCUGAUGAGGAUCUCCGUGCCGAAGUGGACACGUUCAUGUUCGAGGGUCACGACACCACAGCCAGUGGCAUCUCCUGGAUCCUCUAUGCUCUAGCCUCCCACCCCAAGCAUCAGCAGAGAUGCAGGGAAGAGAUCCAGAGCCUCCUGGGAGAUGACACCCCUAUCACCUGGGACCAUCUGGACCAGAUGCCCUACACCACCAUGUGCAUCAAGGAGGCACUGAGACUCUAUCCACCAGUGCCAGCCAUUGGCAGAGAGCUGAGCAAGCCCAUCACCUUCCCUGAUGGACGCUCCUUACCUGCAGGAAUCUUAGUCUCCCUCUCCUUUUAUGGACUUCAUCACAACCCAAACGUGUGGCUGAACCCAGAGGUGUUUGACCCAUCCCGGUUUGCACCAGGUUCUACUCGACACAGCCAUGCCUUCCUGCCCUUCUCAGGAGGAUCUAGGAACUGCAUCGGGAAGCAGUUUGCCAUGAAUGAGUUGAAGGUGGCCGUGGCCCUGACCUUGCUUCGCUUUGAGCUGUCACCGGAUCCCUUCAGGGUCCCUGUGCCCACUCCAGUCAUGGUGCUGAGAUCCAAAAAUGGGAUCCACUUGCAGCUCAGGAAGCUGUCUGAUCCAGAUGGAGACAAGGACAAGCUCUGAGGGCCCCUGCCUGCCAUCCUGUCUUGCUGUCACUCUCUCCUGUCCUUGCCUCUUUGCCCACUUCCUGCUUUUGUCUGCCCUCUGCCAGCUUGCCUCAUCUCCUGCCUCCUGCCCAGCAGCAGACUUUCUGCCCUUCUCCUCUCAACUUUCUCCAGGCUCCCUGUCUGCUUAUCUCUCCAUCUGUCUCUGACCCCCUGUAUCUCUCACUGUCUACCUGAAUCCUGAUCACCUGACAUCCUCCAGUCUGCCUGUUCUCUCUUGUAUUUCUCCACUUCGGUCUGCCUGUCUGACCCUGAAUUCAUGUACAUUUGCUUCUAAAAUAAUUUACCAUUGGCUUAGGGACUUGGGGCUUCUCUGAUGGCUCAUGGGGUAAAGAAUGCAUCUGGUAUGCAGCAGCUACCGGAGACUCAAGUUCAAUAUCUGGGUGAGGAAGAUGCCUUGGAGAAGGAAAUGGCAACCCACUCCAGUAUUCUUGCCUGGGACAUCCCAUGAACAGAGGAGCCUGGUGGAUUGAAGUUCAUGGAAUGGAAAAGAGUUGGACUUGACAGCACAGGGCAGAAUAUCUUAGAGACUUAGAAUAAUACAAAGUUAUUCUCUGAAGGCUCUGGAGUGAGAAAAAGGAAGUGGAUUUCCCUGGAAAAAGGAAGAUGUUGGCGGGCUCCCCCUCCAAGAAUCUAGGACAGGGUCCCACUCUUUGCCUUUUCUGCAGCUAUAGCUGCAAUCCUUGCAUUCCAUGGCUCCUGGGCCCUCCUCCCUAUGUGAAUCCAGCAGCAUCUCAAACCUCCCUCUGCUUCUGUCUUCACAUCACUUUCUCUUUCACCAGGACCUUUGUGAUUAGAUGAACAACUCAGAUAAGGCAGGCUUGUUCUCCUACCUGGGGAUUAGGACGAGGACACCGGGGCAGCCACUGCAGGACCUGUUAAGUCUCAUGUGACCACCAUCGGCCUGUCCCCGGCUCUCUCCAAUGGGCGAUGGGCCUACCCAUGUGUCAGUCAUGUGGCUUCCCCUCUCUUUCCCUCCCUUAAUAAAGUUCACACUGUCA